GAGUCAUUUUGGGAUUCAACGGGAGUCGCGAUUCCUAAGUCAGUUAAAGAGCCGUUUAGCAUCAGAAAGCGCUGGGAUCUGUUGUGCUGCUCCGGUCUCCGUUAUUACAGGAUGGUGUCGGUCUGGUGGACUCUGUCAGUGUUUCUCAUGCUGUUUGUGGCUCUCGCCGCUCAACAAGAAGUUCUCAGAUACACAGACACACUGGAAAAUACAGGCCAGAAUGAAGUUACAUUCAUUGCCAGCAAUAUGAGUGAUACUACAAACAAAGCUUCAUUACCAGAUAUCGAUGAGUGUCGUCUGGGUGACCCAGGGCCCUGCGGUUUCCAUGCCAACUGCACAAACACACCUGGGUCAUUCGUGUGCCGCUGCCACCGGGGUUUCCUGAUGAGCACCGACGGCUGCACAGAUGUGGAUGAGUGUGUGUUGGCCUCAGUGACAGGUCUGCAGGCAUGUGGAAGUGGAGCCGAGUGUAAAAACACACCGGGAUCUUUCAGCUGCUCCUGUCCAGAGGGGUUCGUGCUGGCGCUCGAUGGCCAGAACUGUGUCGACAUUGACGAGUGUAAUUUUGAGGAGCGCUGCCGGAGGGAGCUGGGGAACGUGUGUGUGAACACAGCCGGAAGCUACACGUGUGUGUGUCUGGAUGGAUUCAGAGAGGAGCGAACGGCGUGUGUCGAUGUGGAUGAGUGUGUGGAGCAGCCACACCUGUGUGACGGUCGAGGAGACUGUGAAAACACACUAGGCAGUUACAGGUGUGUGUGUCAGCGUGGUUACCGUGGCAAUGGCACACACUGCACAGACAUAAAUGAGUGCUUGUCCGGGGAUCACGGCUGUGACGUCAACGCUCGCUGUGGGAACAUCAUGGGCUCAUACUUCUGCCAGUGUCAUCAGGGAUACAGCGGAGACGGACACGCCUGCUACGAUGUGGACGAGUGCACUCAGGAUAACAGACUCUGUGAACACACCUGCACAAACCAGCCGGGGUCCUACAGCUGUCAGUGCAGCGCCGGAUACACCAUCACUGCAGAUCUGCACAACUGCACAGAUGUGGACGAGUGUGUGAGCAGUAACGACAGAUGCGAGCAGACCUGCACUAACACAGCGGGUUCAUUUCUGUGCUCGUGUCGACGCGGGUUCCAGCUGCACAUCGACGGACACAGCUGUGUGGACAUAGACGAGUGCAAACUGCAGAACGGAGGCUGUUCUCACGAGUGCACAAACACAGAAGGCGGACACCAGUGUCACUGCCCCUUCCCUCUGCUGCUGGACCUGCGCAACACCACCUGCGUCAACGUGACCUCGUGUGCCCUGAGGAAUGGUGGAUGUGAUCAUAUAUGCUCUCUGGGUGCAGAGAGUCGCAUUCACUGCAGCUGCAGAGCAGGAUGGGAGCUGAGCGCCGACCAAAGAACAUGCAUCGAUGUGGACGAGUGUGUGAGUGUUAAUGGUGGCUGUGAGCAGGUGUGUGUGAAUCAUGCUGGAGGUUUUAAUUGCAGCUGUCGCGCUGGCUUUGAGUUGCGCAAAGACCACCCGACAAAAUGCCAACCGCUGUGUGACCCCGCCUGUCAGAACUCGGGCGUGUGUGUGGCUCCGAACACCUGCGACUGUCCGGCUGGAUACCCUGGAGCGGGAUGCUCAGCCAUGUGUUCUCCACCCUGCGCUCACGGAGGAUCCUGCAUGAGGUGGAACGUCUGUCUGUGUUCUCCAGGGUGGACAGGUGAAGGGUGUCACACAGCGGUGUGUGAGCUGCCAUGUGCAAAUGGUGGACGGUGUAUUGCUCCAAACACCUGCCAGUGUCCAUCAGAUUACAGCGGCCCGCAGUGUCUCACCCCUCAGUGUUCUCCUCCUUGUGUCAAUGGUGGGAGGUGUGUGGCCAUCAACACCUGCAGCUGCCUAGAUGGAUGGAGAGGAGCUCGCUGUCAGAUAGAGCCCGUCAGGUGUGUUCCAGCAUGUAAUAAUGGUGGUGUGUGUGUGGGGCUCAACAGAUGUCAGUGUGUGGAGGGAUACACUGGAAAACACUGUGAGACAGCGCUGGUGACGCCGUGUGUUCCUCCUUGUCAGCACGGAGCAGUCUGCGCUCCUCUGAACAGCUGUGUUUGCCCGAAGGGGACCAGCGGCAUCCGCUGUGAGAAACUUGUGUGUCCUGUGGUCUGUACAGUGGUCAGCAUGGCCCGCGCCGUCAGAAAAGGCUUUCGGGAGAGUUACGUAGAUCGCUGUGGACCGCUGGGUGUCCAGCUCUGCACUAAAUACAGGAUCAACCAGGCGCGUGUGUAUCUGCAGGCGUACAGAGUCGGAUACAAGAUCCAGUGUCCUGACAAAAACACAAGAUAAAACACACAGUCACACUUUUAACAGUGGCUUUGCUGCUGUUUUCAUGAGGAAUAUAUAAAUCUCUCAGUGCUGAACUGAUCACACUUCAAAACCCUCAGUCAUGACACAGGGGGGGUACAGAAAGUAUUCAGACCCCCUUAAAUUAUUCACUGUGUGUGUGUGUGUGUGUUUUAAUGCAGCCGUUAGAUAAAAUCAUUCAAGUUGAUUUUUUCCACAUGACUGUCCACACAGCAGCCCAUAUUGACAGAAGAACAAACUGUGGACAUUUCUGCAGAUUUAUUUUAAAAAGAAAAACUGAAACAUCACAUGGUCCUCAGUAUUUACACCCUUUGCUCAGUGUUUAGUAGAAGCUCAUUUUGAUCUAAUGGCCCGUUUCCACUGAGUGGUACAGCACGGGUUGGUACGGGUCACCUGUAUCAGGCUUUCCUUUUUACUGCUAAAAGGGUACCAAUAAUACACUUUUGGUGGGCGUUGUGUACGACAGAAAGUUUCAGUCGUCAUCAUUCUCGCUGGGUAAUAGCCUCCUGUAACGUAUGCAAUUAUAUAAAAUAAAUGAACAUAUAUGAACACACACAGACCCUUACAGUCCCUGAUUUGAUACCAAUUACAGAAAAACUACACACAGCAGACAUUUAGUCCUUA